CCUCGAAUAAGAGUGUUUUAGUACUUAAAUAGUUAACAUUCCACAAACGGGCGAUUUCCAAUCUGGGAGACAUCCUGUAGCUGAGAGUUGGGGGAAGUAGAGUUUGAAUCAGACGCCGAGGGAAAGGUAAAGAGUGAAAAUUAGCAGCAGUUUAGGGAUAUGUAAAAGAUCAUGAUGGUUUUGGAGAUGCCAUUACUCACUAUUGUUUUGGGCCUAACAAUCUCUGUGGUUGUAGCAGAGAGUGAAAGCAGAAUCUGUAAGGUGGCCCCUCACUGGGAAAUUGACGACCAUAACCCAAUGGUGGAACAGAUUGGUCACGUUGUUGUUGUGGCCCUUCUCAAAGCAAGCUGCGGGUUCUGUCUAACUCAAGCAACUAAAUUGGGCAGCUUGCGGAACAAGCUUGAACGUCAGGGUCUGAAGGACAUACACUAUAUGAUAGUAAAUGAGAAAACGCCUCAAUCUAGGGCCAUGCUGUGGGAACUCAAACGCCAUACGCCUGAGGAAAUCCCUGUCUACCAGCAAUCACCAUUUCAAAGUGAUAUCUGGAGCAUUUUGCAGGGUAACAAGGACGACUUCCUCAUCUAUGAUAGAUGUGGUAAAUUGACCUUUCAUAUCGUGUUACCAUAUAGCUACCUCCAAUUUCGCUACACUGAAGCAGCAAUCCGAGCUACGUAUAGCAAAGAUAUAUGUGGGAAUUGUGGAAUCAGUGAUAUCGACCUUGAGACUUACAAGGAAAACUUUUUUCAAUUUAACACUACAAGUUUUGUGAUAAGUCCAACUUUUGAAAAUAUAACAACUCAGCCAGUGCAACAACAUGUACCGAAUAAGCCUCAUCCUGACCCCAAAAUCUCUUCAAGUCCUACCACUCCACAUCAUUUCAAUAGCAGCCAAGAUGGAAAUCUGGAGACUGGUAAUACUGAGGGAUUGGAAUGAGUGUAGUUAGAAUAUCAGGCACAACAAUUAAACAACUGGCUGUGAUACAGCAACUGUCAGCAUCAACCCUAAUGUUGCUAAAAUAAAUCCUGGUUUAAUAUUAAUUUUGAUUUGUAAUAUUUGAGGGGUGUACUGUAUAAGCAUGUCCCACACCAAACACUUGUUUUGUGUUGUUAUCAAGUGUUCUUUCAGUGAAGAAAUCUGGAUAUGACUAUUUAGAGUGAAAUACCACUAAAACCAUUUCAGGCAAGUCUGAAAUGAGCACUGUCUUGUGUAUUGUCCCAUGAACUUGUAGCCAUUGCUUUAGUGCACAAUAAAGUGCACUCCAAAUCAAAA